AUGUCGGACCCGUUCAGCGCCUUCACCGUCGGCUCGUCGUUCCCUGGGUGGGACGGCGGGUACAGCUUCUUCAAGAGCGUCGAGGAGGAAGCGUUGGAGGACCACUUCACGUUCGUCCCGACCUGGGACAUCCUGUACGAGGAGGACGCGCCCGACACGUACAUCGACACCUACACGAUCGAGUGCGACUACUACGCCGCCGUCGCCAGCGUCGUCGGCGCCCUUACCUCCGACCGCUCCUGCCCUUACUCGAUCCAGGUCCAGCAGACCUCGGCCGGCUCGACCGCCGCGCGCGUCAUCGCCUCGCACCUCGAGCACGACCACGCGCUCGACCUGCCCGAGGACGUCGUCGAGACGUGCAUGUCCCCGUACGCCCUGUGGCGCAAGUGGACCGAGAAGGACGCGCGCCCGUCCAUCCUUCACGGCGCGAGCAGCGCCAUCUGGUACGCCCGUCGCACCUUCAACGGCCUCAAGGGCUUCCACGUCGAGAUGCGCAAGCGUGCGAUCGAGGACCAGGACCGCGUCGUCGCCGACGUCAAACGCUUCUUCCCCGGCGAGCAGGCGCGCGAGCUGCUCGACGAGUCGCACGCCGGCAAGUGGCUCUUUACCGACGACGAGCGCAAGCUCGUGCAGGGUCCGCUCGCCGUCGGCCCGGCGCCGAGCCACCGCAAGAAGAUCGCCCCGCCAAGCGUUCUCGAGCGCACUCCUGGCGCCCCGUCUCCCUCGCCGUCGAGGGAGGUCAAGACGUCUGCGACGACGACGGCGACGACAACGACGACGACGAGCAUGUCGAUCUCGAAGAGGCUGGACGUCGCCGAUCAGCAAAACCGUCGCCUCCCUCUCGCGCAAGUCGCGCCCGAGCCGUUCACGCCCGCCGCCGCCCGCAAGGCGCCUGCGCCCGCUCCGCCGUCGACGGCCUCGUCGUCAACCAGUGCCCUGCAGCUCGCUCCUCUGCAGGAAGCGCCCGUCGCGCUCAAAAAGCCGGUCGAGAUGAUCGACCUCGUGGACUCGGACGACGAGGACGUCAAGCCUGUCGUCCAGCCCGAGCCUGAGUCUGCGACCGCAGCCGUCUCUUCUCUCGGUGCCGGCGCCUCCCUCCAUACCCUUCUCUCCUCGCUUUCCUCGACGUUCGACUUCGCCAAGCACCUCGAGCACUUCCUGCACCCCGACGUCGACGUCGACAGCGCGGCGCAGCUCCUCGAGAUCGCUCGGUCGCCCAAGCUCCUCGACACGCUCCUGGACGGUCUUGCGGCGCAGAAGAAGGUUGACGGUUCGACGGACGAGGUUCUGAGGGGGGUACCGCUCGUGUGGAGGACGGCGCUGCGGCAGGCGCUCGAGGAGAAGGUCCGGGGCGACAAGGAGCGCCCGUAG